AUGUACUUGGGAUCUCUUGGCGUCUGCACUCCAUCUCGCAGUUGUACGCUGAUCUUUCUGCGAUUUUCGCCAUGGCGCGAUGAUUUCACGACGAAAAAUGUAAAUCACAGCUCCUAUAUACAGGUGUUAUUGAGUGUAUUGGGCAGAAUAGUGAGUGUGAAAGGUGGGCGCGCUGACCAUUUUCGUGGAACAGCUCGAUGGCAAUUUAGUUUUGUGUGCGACCUAUAGCGGAAAAGCCAUCUGCAAGAUGCUGAGUUGGAAUCUUUUGGGAAUCUUCCUGGUUAUUCUGGCACUUGGGCAGGUAUUUUCUGUGCCCAUGGUGUACAAGAAAACAGAUCGUGAGGUGUAUGAAGCAGAUCUUGUACCAGUUUCUUCCACGGUUAUUCCCUUGACUGUUUACGAGGUGAGCUAUGGCAGUGGAGGAAAAGUCAGUGAGGAGUACAAGAAAGCUGUCCUCAAGCAUCUCCACAAGAAAGUUAAAGUUAAACCUGAAGAUCCUGAUAAACUCAUCACAGUGAAAGAUAUUGCCGAAGACAAAAAACUUUAAGUGUGAAUUUUUGCUGCAAAUAAAGAUUUUAUUGUUAUUUCU